AUGAUGAAAGUUGUAGUUUGGAUGGAAUGGAAGUAUGGCGAAGGAUCUGGUGAUGCUUUUGUUGCUCUCUUGGUUUAUGUGGAUGGCAUUGUAAUUGCUGGUGCAUAUUUACAGUUGCUCCAUAGGAUUCAAAGUCUUCUACAAAAACAUUUUAAGCUAAAGGAGUUGGGCACUUUGCGCUAUUUUCUUGGGUUUGAAUUGCUCAGGGAUGCAGGAUGUUUGGGUGUGAAACUGGUUGAAUCUCCCAUGGUUCAUUCCUUGAAGUUGAGUGCUGAUGAAAGAGAACCAUUGCCUAAUCCUCAAGAAUAUUGUCGAUUGAUAGGUCGACUUCUCUACCUAACUAACUCCAGGCCCGACAUUGUUCAUACGGUGCAUUUGCUAAGCCAAUUUGUAUAUUCUCCUCGUCUACCUCCCAUGACAGCUUUGAAACAUCUUCUUGCUUAUAUCAAACAGUCAUCUGGGCUUGGAUUGCUUUUUCCAGUUCACUAUAGUGUUCAGUUGAGUAUUUUUGUUGAUUCAGAUUAUGGUUCUUGCCCAGAUACUCGACAUUGUACAUCGGGGUUUUGUAUUUUUUUAUGA